AUGGGGUUCAACUCUGGCGAGUCUGCACCUCCAUCGCGUACGCCCACCAGACUCCAUGGCCAGCGACAACGGUUGUGCUGCCAGGAGGACGGCUGCACAACAAGGCCAUCCUACGGAAACGCUGGCUGCAAGAAGGCGGAGUUCUGCUCUCAGCACAAGAAGCCAGGGAUGAUGAACUUGGUGAGCAAGAGGUGCGGCCAUCCAUGGUGCGUAAACAAGGCGUCAUUUGGUAUGGACGGCAGCACGAAGGCGGAUUUCUGUUCUCAGCACAUGAUACCAGGGAUGAUAAACUUGGUGCACAAGAGGUGCGGCCAUCCAGGGUGCAUGAAGCACCCGUCAUAUGGUAUCGACGGCAGCCAGAAGGUAGAGUUCUGUUCUCAGCACGCCAAGCCGGGGAUGACCGACGUCAAGCACAAGAGGUGCGGCCAUCCAGGGUGCAUCAAGAGGCCGUCAUAUGGCAACCGCGGUAGCAGCAACGUGGAGUUCUGCUCCCAGCACGCCCAGCCGGGAAUGAUAAACUUGGUUAACAGGAAGUGCGGCCAUCCAGGGUGCAUCAAGCACCCUUCGUAUGGGAAAAUUGGCAGCAAGAAAAGGGACUUCUGCUCUCAGCACGCCAAGCCUGGGAUGAAGAACGUCAAGGAGACAUGCAGCCAUCCAGCGUGCAUCAAGAGGCCAUCGUACGGCAAAGACGGUAGCAAGGCGGAGGUCUGCUCUAAGCACAAGAAGCCAGGGAUGAUGCACCUUAAUGGCAAGAAGUGCGGCCAUUCUGGGUGCAUGAAAGAGCCAUCAUACGGUGAUGACGGCAGCAAGAAGGCGGAGUUCUGCUCUCAGCACAAGAAGCCGGAGAUGGUCGAUGUUCGUAGCAAGAGGUGCGACCAUCCGGGGUGCGUGAAGAUUCCGUCGUAUGGUAAAGACGGCAGCAAGACGGCGGCGUUUUGCGCUCAGCACGCCAAGCCGGGUAUGAUAAACGUGAAAAGCAAGAGGUGCAGCCAUCCAGGGUGCAUCAAGUGGCCGUCAUUUGGUAACGAAGGGGGCAAGGCAGAGUUCUGCCUAAAACACGCCAAGCGUAAAAUGGUCAAUGUGCGGCGUGUGUAAGACCAGCGGUCGCAAUGCGAGGUAUUGCUGGACAUGACGUGGCGUGCAAUUGUGAAAGUUCGUGACGUGUGUUUCGGGAUGCAUUAUUGGUGACCCCGCCAGGGUUGAACUUGAUACAUCACUGACUUGGCAAAGGCGUUGUCAACGAUUUCUUGUUUUGGACGGUCGUCCAAGCGAUGCACCCAGCCAAACCCUCAACUUUACACAUGCACCUGGGGCAUGCACGUACGAUGUUUGCGUGAUGAAUUAUGCUCCAGUUUGGUCGGCUUGUUCACGACUUGCAAGGUGGCGGGGGAGAUACACGGUGUACUAGCUGGAAUCAGGGUUUAGGCAGGAAGGAGAGUGAUCACCCUCUCGAGCCUCGAGGCCAGCCUGCAGGCAGGUGUGGUAUGGAUAGGAUGGGGGGUGAUGCGAUCAAAGCGAUUUAUUACCACGUCGAGAUCAUGUACCGCGGGGGGGGGGCGAAUGCGCAGUACGGUCGUGAUUUUCGAACCCUAAAGAUUUCCCUACCACAAGAGUGACUUCCAGAUACGCUGGUUUGACUAGCAAUGCAACCUUGGCACGCCGAAAUGGUCGUAUUGGAUUGUAGUCGGUCGACGCUUCGGAGGAAGCUCGCCAAAAUUCUGCCUGGUGGCGAAAUCAUCCUUUGUGGUGUGGAACCCUGCGGUAUGAUGACCGACUCUGACGCUAUCUAUUGUAGUCUGACGAAGAGAUCAUUUACAGCUCCGGGUGGUGCAUAAGAAACCAGAUUGAUGGGACUGCUGUGGUCUGGUGUGACGGACAAGUUGGUUGUGGAGGUUGGUCAUGAAAGGGAAAUUAUGUACCGAGGGUGAAGGAUCGGCGCUCUGUCCCCACUUGGCCGAAUGGCCAGGAUUUGAUACAGAUGAACGGUCGCAGUAGAUGAUGAAGGCCAGGGCAGUAGCGACGGGGCGCGUCACUCAAGGCGCGUCACUACGGAGAUGCACGGAAAUCCAUCUAACGCUUUCCGUAGCGUGCACCUGCCUUGACCCCUGUUUUAGCGGCCUACAGCGCUUUGUCAACAGCAUUUUCUACUUCACAGACCGGCCGUAUGUGAGGUACAAUUGGGUGUGAUAGCUGCGUUGCGGCGUUCAAGUUGUGAAGCGUUGAUGGUUGCCAGACAACGAGCAGGUUCGCAGUAUCCAUGCUGGUCGCGGGCCAAACUUUGGCGAUCGCUAGCGUAGAUGGGAAAGGGGAACGUCUGUUGAUGUGAAGUCCGGCCAGAGCCCGUCAGCUGGGCUGAUCGAAACAUUUUUUCGUUGGCCAAUUCAGAGGGGGGUGGAUGAAGAUCCAAUCGUUUUGACGUGUCGUUGGUUGACCGCCGAGGGUUUUACUUUUGUGCCAUGGUGUGGUUCACCUGUUCCAAGGCAACGAUGCCGUUGGGAUGGUAAGUGCUCGUCGCGGUUUUUGUCACGCACGCGAGAUUAGUUAACACACAUGGCCAUCGAGUGGUCGGUGAAAGUUGUAGUCUACUGUUGUCCGGGUUCAUUUUAUUUGAGCACGUCUGCGGUGUGCCUUCCCCUCAUCAGGUUGUGUCAGACACAGCAUGCAUACAUGUCCGCCCCACGAGUACGUACAGCGAAAGGUGAAGGCUGAUGAGUUCCAGUCGGUCCCGCGAGGUGCCAUAGAGAGAGUCCCGAGUAUGUGGCGCUGAUGGUCACGCCUGGCCCAGUUGGAAGAGUGGAGUGUGGUAGGUUUGGGAGACGAUGGGCGAAAGAACGCUGUAUGUGGCGUCGUCGUGAUAUUCUCGCUUGACGUCCGAGACGAUGCGAUCAUGCUACAUACCACCAGUUACAUGUAGUGCAGAUUCGCACACCAGCUAAAAAGCAUAAAGUCUGUAUGUGGGAGAGAAUGCGACAAGUCUCGAGACGACA